AGCCAGGUGGCUUAGCAGCCCCUAAGCCCCAGCCCGUGGCAGCGCUCGCUACAGCUCCUCCUGCACAGGAAUCCCCACAGAAGUUCUUCCUGCGUAUCAAGAGGUUAUUGCAGCAGCAGCAGCAAAAUCCAACCCCUUCAAACCCAAUCAAGCACAACAUUCCUCCUUCCACAACCACAGAGGAGCCUUCAGUCAAACCUGCCUGUGCUGAGCAGCCCAGGAAUGAGCCUGCAGAGAACAGGGACAGUGAUAAGGAUGAUGUGGAUGUUUUCCUCGUGGAAUCAAUAGAUGCUGAUGAUGAAGACUGUCAGAACACUAGUUCUGUGGAUGUGAACUCUGUGCCUUUGACAAAUGGGGGUCAGGUGAAAGGAAGGUUGGAAAAUGGAGAAGCAAAACAGACAGAGCUUCAUCAAGACAGAAGAGAGUUGCAGCCCAGUGGAAAACAAGCAGCUCCAGGAGUGGCAAAGACACUGAAGACAAAUGCCCAAGAGCCCUCCAAGUGCUGCUGUAGGGUUAUGUUAUCUCCUCUCAAAGUCCACAUCCAAAGGAAGCGGAAACUGGCAGAAGACCCGGAGGUCCCUUUGGAUAAACCUCUGGCAGAUCAACCCUCUGGCAAAGCAGUUGAAAAGGAGAACGUGUACCUGAGUAGCUGGAGGAUCCAAGUGCUGGAUGGCAACACAGCAAUAUGUGUGGAGGGAAAACGCAAAGACAUGAGGUACCUGCCUUGGCACAGCAGUGCAAUCACAGAGCGCUUGGCAUGCAACCGGCUCAAGACAUCAUCGGGCACUGUCUAUGUGCUGGAGGGGAGAAUAGACUCAGCUUCCAUGAGGAAAGAAGGGUUUCCCUACCGCUUCAUCAGGCAUUUCACAUAUGGGUUCUCCAAGAGGUGGAAGGAGUAUGUCCAAGAGUUCCUCGAGGAAAAGAGGAGGAAAGAACAAAACCAGUGCAGUGAGGAUGCAGAGAGUGACUCUGUGGUGGGAACUGUUGUGUUGGAAAGAGCAGGAGGCCCAGCAAAGGAUGUAGAGAAGCCUGGAAUGAGGAACACCAUCUCUCAAGUAUUGCCAAGGAACAAUGAAAAUGCUUACUCCACACCUCAGCACAGCUUCUGGGGCAGUGACCCCAGCGGGAUCUGCACACGCAGUGGGCGCGUCAUCAAGCCACCCCUCAACUUCUGGUGUGGCCAGAGAGAGGUUAUGGAUAGGAACCUUGGUGUCACCUUAGAGGAUGGUGGAAUGGAUUACCUGGACCUGGUUCAUAGUAGUGAAAAAUCCCAGAAAAUGACCCGUUCCAUCUCCAAGAAGGGUAAACUGAAGGAAGUCAGGAAGACAAGAGGGAAAAUACCAAAAAGCCAAAGCAAAGGGAAAAGCAGUGAGAAAAGAGCCAGUUCCAAAAGAGACUCCAAGUCUGCUGGAAGCAAGAACAGGCACUUCAUCGUGGAUGAGGAUGAGAGUGGUGCUGCAGGCAAGCACACACAAAUGAAACCAGAGCUCCCUGCCAGGCUGAGUGCCUUAAAUUCCAAAGUGCUCAGCAAACACAGCAUGAGCAUCCUGGGAAUGGGGAGGGAGAGGAGAGCAGCAGCCUCUGUAGAACUGACCGUGUCUAAGCAGGAAGACAAGUACUCCCCGAGGGCAGCCAAGCAGCCUUGUCUAGGCAGGUGUUCCCCUGAGGGAUCCUCAAAAAGGAAUGAGGAAGAGGAAUCCAGUGAUGAUGUUCCACUGCUUAUCAGAAGGAAAAAUAAAUCUCAAUUAAAGGCACAGACUGGGAAGUGGGAAUGUUCCAGGGAUGGUGCAAGCAAGGCAUCGUGUGAGCAAGUGACAGGACAGCCCUCCCAGGAUGUGACAGCAAGGUUCAGUGGGCCUGAGUCCAGUGAUGGCUCUGGAAGCCUUCCUGAAGGGCAAACACCUCCCAGUGACUCCAGUGCUUCCCACCUGCCCUCCAAGGCAAGGAGGACACGCAGCAGAGCCAACCCUCCCCAGUACUGGCCUGAUUCCAACACCAAGCCCAAAAGCAGCUCUGAGGAACUUCACCUAACGGCCAAGAAUUCCAGAGCUCCUGUGAAAAAACCAACUAGUGGAGCUCCUAACUCUGCCAAGCCCUCAGCAGCCAGGUCAAGAGAGCAGAAGAGGGCAAAGGGACAGAAAUCCCUGGACGUUUUACCAAGGGCAGCUGGUGGCUGGUCCAAGAAGGAACUACAGAAGCUUUACAGGGCCGUCGCUUCCUUCCCCAAGCACAGGAGAAGCUUCUGGGAGGAGGUGGCCAUGGUGGUGGGGACACGCUCUGCCGAGGAGUGCCAGAGCCAGUAUCUGCAGAAUCAACAGGACAAAGGCUCCAGAACAAAGGUCAAGAAGACCAAGUCAGGAAAACCUGAGCAGAGAGAUAAGGAGCCAGAGAUAACUGCCAGAGUGGGAACCUUGAAACGGAAGCAGCAGAUGAGACAGUUCCUGGAGCACCUGCCCAAGGACAAUCAUGAUGAUGUCUUCGCUGCAAGUCCCUUUCAGAGGAGGAGAGUCCAGUUGCCAACGUUCCGAGGGAGCCGAGAUGAGGAGGAUGAUGACUUUGCGCUCACAGACCUCCCACUCACACCAUCCUCUGCUGUCUUCCCCCUGAUGAAGACCCCUCAGUGUGAGCACAUCAGCCCUGGCAUGCUGGUGCCUAUCAACAGGAAUGACUACGACAGACACGUGUUCAGGCUGCAGAAGACUAAGGGUGGCAGAAGCACCUGGGACAAGGUCAAGAAGAAGUCGGGUGGAGCUGUGCAGCAAACACCAGCUUCCCGCAGGACCAAGAUGAGUGUGGAUAGAAAAGUGCCUGAAGCCUCGGUGGUUGGGAAGCUCUUCGUGGCUGACACACCCGAGUCAUCCAGUGAGGAACAAGACUCCUACUUUUCUGUUUGCUGA